AUGCUGUUCUCUCGGAGUGCCUUUGCGGCGUUGGCUGCCCUCUUCUACAUCCCUUUGGCAGCCUCCAGCGGUGCCACUCCUCUCCACGAAGCCGGCCGCUGCGCAAUCCGGGGUCACUGCGGCAAACAAGGCUUCUUCGGCUCUGAUUUGCCCUGUCCUGACAAUGGGAAGGCUGUGCCGCCCACAGAGGCUAUUCGUGACAAGCUGGUCGACCUCUGCGGACCCAAGUGGGAGGACACCGAUGUGUGCUGCGAGGAGGAACAAGUUGACGCACUGCGCAAGAACCUGAAGUUGGCUGAGAGGAUCCUUGCUUCUUGUCCAGCCUGCAAAGAGAACUUCUUCAACCUCUUUUGUACCUUCACCUGCUCUCCGGACCAAUCCUUGUUCGUCAACGUCACGCAGACCGGCAAAGCCUCCAACGGCAAGGAAGUGGUCACUGAGAUCGACAAUGUAUGGUCCAAGCAUUACCAGAGCGGCUUCUAUGACAGUUGUAAAGAGGUGAAGAACGGAGCGAGUGGCGGCAAAGCCAUGGCCUUCAUUGGAGGCGGCGCCGAGAACUAUACCGAGUUUCUGAAGUUCCUGGGCGACAAAAAGCUGCUUGGGAGUCCGUUUCAGAUCAAUUUUCCGGAAGAGCCGAGAUAUGAUGACAAGCAGGGCAUGGUUGCCAGUGAUCCCAGGGUAUAUGCCUGCAAUGACACCGACCCAAACUUCCGCUGCAGCUGCGUUGAUUGCCCGGAAGUUUGUCCUACGCUGGAGCCCGUCAGAUCAGUCGAGUACUGCCACGUCGGGAAACUCCCUUGUCUGUCAUUCUCCAUUAUCAUCGUCUAUUCUGUAGCUUUACUGCUGUUGAUCGCGGCAAUCUCGGGACAUGUCGCAUAUCGGAGACACAAACAACGGAAGACGGAGAGACUCCAGCUAUUGCAGGAUGCCGCCCCGAGUGAUAGUGAGGACGAGGGCGAUCUGGUCCACGAUGCUGGUUUCCUCGAACGACCACAGAGAAAUUACUAUCUGAACCUGAUACUUGAUCGAGCCUUCAACAGAUUAGGCGGUUUCUGCGCCCGGUAUCCCGCCUUGACAAUUGGAACGAACAUUGUGUUCAUUGGUCUGCUCAGCCUUGGGUGGCUACGUUUCCAAGUCGAGAGGGAUCCUGUUCGUUUAUGGGUCAGUCCAACCUCCGAUGCGGCUCAAGAGAAGGCCUUCUUCGAUACAAACUUCGGUCCUUUUUACCGAACCGAGCAGGCUUUCCUGGUCAACGACUCGUCGGCCAAUAGCUCUGUCUUGAGCUAUGAAACUCUUUCGUGGUGGUUCGACGUAGAGGACCGCAUAUCGCGCAUGAUGACCCCGGAGCAUGGUAUUACGUUGAAAGAUGUCUGCUUCAAGCCUACCGGGACAGCCUGUGUGGUCCAAUCAGUCAGUGGCUGGUUCGGGGCUGGCUUGACCAGCGAUUGGAAAGAGCAGAUAGAGCUCUGCGCCGCCCAUCCCGGCGAUCAAAGGUGCCUGCCGGAAUUCAUGGACCCGCUCCCGCCGGGUCGUGUGCUUGGAGGAUAUGACAGCAUUGACGAUGUUGCCAGCUCUAAGGCACUGAUUACCACCUGGGUUGUCAACAACGAUCAGCCUGGUACGGAAAGAGAAGCUCGGGCCGAAGAGUGGGAGCAAGCUUUGAAACAUGAAUUGUUGAUAUAUCAAGAAGCCGCCGAAUCUCGCGGCCUUCGGCUCUCUUUCAACACGGAAAUCAGUCUAGAAGAGGAGCUUAACAAGUCGACAAACACUGAUGCGAAGAUUGUGGCCAUCAGCUAUGUGGUCAUGUUCAUUUAUGCAUCGCUGGCCUUGGGCUCGGCCAGUCUUUCCGUGUCUUCUUUUCUCAACAAUCCCGCCAAUGCAUUUGUCCAGUCUAAAUUCACACUGGGCGUGGCAGGAAUAGUGAUUGUGUUGAUGUCAGUCUCUGGAUCUGUGGGCCUCUUCUCUGCCGCUGGAGUGAAAGUCACCUUGAUCAUUGCAGAGGUCAUUCCCUUCUUGGUCCUUGCUGUGGGUGUUGACAACAUUUUCCUGAUAGUUCAUGAGUUCGAACGCGUCAACGUCAGCCAUCCAGACGAAGAGAUUGAUGAGCGUGUGGCAAAAGCUCUGGGGCGGAUGGGCCCAAGUAUCCUACUGUCGGCAUCAACCGAAACCAUUGCUUUUGCCAUGGGCGCCUUUGUUGGCAUGCCUGCUGUCAAAAAUUUUGCAGCAUACGCUGCUGGUGCAGUCUUCAUCAACGCGCUCUUGCAGGUGACCAUGUUUGUGUCAGUCCUGGCUCUUAACCAGCGACGUGUCGAAAGUCUCCGAGCAGACUGCUUCCCGUUUGUCACCGUUAGGGGUGCCAACUCGGUCAGCAUGCCAGGAGGUCACUUUUUCGGUAGCGAUGAGGAAGGCUGGUUACAACGUUCCAUCCGCAAGAAGUAUGCCCCCAGCUUGUUGGACAAGAAGGUCAAGACUUUUGUUAUGACUUUCUUCGUCACUCUGUUUGCCGCAGGUAUCGCCCUGAUUCCGAAAGUACAGCUUGGAUUGGACCAAAGAAUUGCAAUCCCAUCAGACUCGUACAUGAUUCAAUAUUUCAAUGAUUUGUACGAUUACUUCGGAUCGGGCCCGCCAGUCUACUUUGUCACCCGCAAUGUCAAUGUGACCGAACGACGCCACCAACAACAGCUGUGUGGUAGAUUCACAACUUGCGACGAGUAUUCUCUGGCCUACGUCCUAGAGCAAGAGUCGAAGCGGCCAAACGUGAGCUACAUCAACUCGGCCACUGCGAGUUGGAUCGAUGACUUUUUCUACUGGCUGAACCCCAUCUCGGAUUGCUGUCAAGACGACGACGGGAAUACGUGCUUUGACGAGGGUGAAUGGAACAUUACACUUGAUGGCAUGCCAGAAGGUGCAGAGUUUGUCCACUAUGCUACCAAAUGGAUUCAUGCUCCAACGAACGAAGAGUGUCCUAAUGGUGGGCAAGCGGCCUAUUCCAACGCUGUUGUCAUCGACAAGAACCACACGAACACACCAGCCAGCCAUUUCCGGACUUUCCACACGCCUUUGCAAGGCCAGGAUGACUUUAUCAAGUCGUAUGCCGCGGCCAGGAGAAUCUCCAACGACAUAUCCCGACGUCAUGACAUUGAUGUCUUCCCUUACAGCAAACACUACAUCUUCUUCGACCAAUAUAGCAGCAUCAUCCGCUUGACCGCGACUCUGCUAUGCGUGGCCGUUGCCAUCAUUUUCGUGCUUAGUUCGUUGCUCCUGGGCUCUUUGUUGACGGGGGCAGUUGUGGCUAUCACUGUGGUUAUGAUCCUGGUGGAUAUCAUCGGGGUCAUGGCUCUGGCCAAUGUCUCCCUCAACGCUGUGUCGUUGGUCAACCUUGUCAUCUGCGUGGGUAUCGGGGUGGAAUUCUGCGCUCAUAUUGCCCGCGCAUUUAUGUUCCCCAGCAAGUCCAUCAUGGAGCGUGCACGACACAAGUUCCGGGGCAAAGAUCUCAGGGCCUGGACCGCCUUGAUCAACGUUGGCGGCAGCGUCUUUAGUGGCAUCACCAUUACCAAGUUUGUUGGUGUCGCCGUCCUGGCUUUCACCCGGAGCAAGAUCUUUGAGAUCUACUACUUCCGCAUCUGGUUGGCGCUGGUCAUCUUUGCCAGCUCCCAUGCAUUGGUGUUCUUGCCGGUCGCGCUGAGUUUCUUCGGCGGCAAUGGGUACAUCGACCCGGAAAGCGAGGGAGGUCUUGAGGAAGAUUUGGCAAGUCGACGCUAUCGAAGUCUUUUGCCAGACAAUGAUUAUGAUUCUGACGAGGACUGA